AUGGCUACCAAAAUUUACAUCGACGAGGACGUCGGCAAGGACGAGUCCGCCAACGGCUCGGAAACCGCCCCCUACAAGACUCUCGUCCACGCCUACCUCGAACACCCCCCCACCACCGAAGGCAUCGAGUACCUCACGCGCAAGUCCCAGACCGACGCAGCCGGUGAGGAUGUCGACCCCGCGGCCAAGCUGGAGUGGAAGCCUGCGACCAAGUCGGCCAUGAAGAAGGCCAACAACCUCUGGGAGCAGCGCAAGAAGAAGGCCGCUAAGGAACAUGAGUUGGCUAUCCGCGAGAAGGCCGAGGCCGACAAGCGCCAGAAGGUCCUUGAAGAUGCCAAGAAGGUCGUCAUUAAGGAAGAUACCUCGCUCGAAAAGCCGGUGCGCAUUCGUCUGAACAACACCGACCCGGCCGUCGUCAAGCUGGGCUCGCCCGAGUCUGAAAAGGGCACCCGCGUGCGCGUUCUGGGCCGUGUCCACCGUGCGCGCGCCCAGAAAGAUGUCGUUUUCAUCACUCUGACUGACGGUUACGGAUACCUCCAGUGUAUCCUGACCGGCGACAUGGUCAAGACUUACGAUAUCAUGACCCUCACCCUGGAGACCUCCAUGUCUAUUCACGGUGAGAUGCGCUCCGUGCCCCCCAAGCAGCACGCUCCCAACGACCGCGAGCUGCACGCCGACUUCUUCGAGAUCAUCGGUCGCGCCGCUGGCGACAAGGAGGCUAUCACCACCCGUGUGGCGCCGGACGCUGACCCGCAGACUCUGUACGACAACCGUCACCUCGUCUUGCGUGCUAUGGUGCAGACCCAGGUCGAGGGUGGCAGCACUCUCUUCGGAUUCGACUACUACGGCGAGAACGCCUACCUGACACAGUCAUCCCAGCUGUACCUGGAGACAUGUCUCCCCUCGCUGGGUGAUGUGUACUGUGUGUGCCCGUCAUUCCGCGCGGAGAAGUCGCUGACCCGUCGCCACUUGUCCGAGUACACUCACAUCGAAGCCGAGUUGGACUUCAUCACUUUCACUGAUUUGCUUGACCACCUCGAGGAGAUGAUCUGCAGCGUCAUUGAUUCGAUUCUCGCUGAGCCCGAGAUCGCUGGCUACAUCAAGCAGCUCAACCCCGAUUUCAAGAAGCCCUCGCGCCCCUUCCGCCGCAUGAAGUACGACGAUGCUAUCCAGUGGUUGAUCGAGCACGAGAUCCCCAACGAGGAGGGCCAGCCCCACCAGUUCGGUGACGACAUCGCCGAGGCUGCUGAGCGCCGCAUGACCGAUAUCAUCAACGAGCCCAUUUUCCUUACCCACUUCCCUGCUGAGAUCAAGGCCUUCUACAUGAAGAAGGCUCCCGAGGACCGCCGUGUCACCGAGAGUGUCGAUGUGCUCAUGCCCGGUGUCGGUGAGAUCGUCGGUGGAAGUAUGAGAAUGGACGACUGGGAUGAGUUGAUGAGCGCCUACAAGCACGAGGGCAUGGAUCCUUCUCCCUACUACUGGUACACUGACCAGCGCAAGUACGGCACAUCUCCCCACGGUGGUUACGGACUCGGUCUCGAGCGUUUCCUCGCUUGGCUGUGCGCUCGUUACACCGUCCGCGACUGCUCUCUGUACCCUCGGUACACUGGCCGUUGCACUCCUUAA